AUGCUGAUGCACUGCAAGAGCAUGAGCGAGAGCCCAGAUGCGAAGGGUGCCUGGCAAGAGGCUGCCUCGGCAGCCCUUCGGGUGGUCAAAGAAACCGUGGGUGCAGGAACCGAUACACAGCUGCAGCUCGACGAAAAUGUGUUCAAAGCACUCGCAGCCAACUCCGUCAUUGGAGAGCUUCUCUUCCGAGCUGCAGAUGAUGCUCCGUUGGUUGAUGAACUGCUGACCACCAUGGAUACGUUAGCUGCCUACCUUCAAAAGCAGGAGUUCGUGACGCAGCGAGCGCAUUUGGGCGCUUGGCAUUUGGACAGCUGCCUUCACCUGCUGGCUGUGCAGGAUGCGCU